UACAUACCGCACCAGGACUUCAAUUAAGACUAAGUCGACUCACUCUCACGCACAGACAGACACACACACACACACGCGCAAUAACCCCCACCUCGACACACACACACGCGCGCGCGAACAGCGCACGCCGUUCACCUAAACCCAAUCAGUGAGCCCCAAUCUAUCAGUCAAUCAUGCGCAACCUGAGCUCCGGCGAGCCGUACGGGAGAGACGAGGGACAGGAACGACUCAGCUACCCGGCACUGGCGCUCGGCGUGGGUCUGGUCGCAACAACUCUGCUCGGCAACUCCCUCGUGUGCCUCUGCGUGACCACCGAGCGCUCCCUGCGCACGGCCACCAACUGGUUCAUCGUGAGCCUGGCAGUGGCCGACCUUCUGGUGGGCAUCUUGGUCCUGCCUCUGUUCGUCUAUUCGGAGUUCCUGAGCGGCGUGUGGACCCUGGGGAGCGGGCUGUGCGACGCCCUGAUGACCCUGGACGUGAUGCUGUGCACCGCCUCCAUCUACAACCUGUGCGCCAUCAGCCUCGACAGGUUCAUCGCGGUGCGCGCGCCACUGCGCUACGAGCACAAGCGCGUGAACGUGCGCCAGGCAGCCCUCAUCGCCGCCACGUGGUUCCUCUCACUGGCGCUCGCCUCGCCCCUGGCCCUGGGUGCGAACUCGAACCCGGAGCGCGACCCGGCCGUGUGCCGCCUGGAGCGGCCUGCCUUCGUCAUCUUCUCGUCCGUGUGUUCCUUCUUCGUGCCCUGCCCGGCCAUGCUCGCGCUCUACUGCUGCGUCUGCCGGGGGCUACGGAGAUGGAGUGCGCGGCAUAAAUGCAGCAGCAGCAGCGUGCGGCGUAGCCAGGACAAGGAGAGUGUGCGGACGAGACAGCUCAGCGGCGCAGGAGUUGUGAGGCCGAGUGGGUCUCCAACCUGCCGGGGUGAGAGUUCAAUCCCUGGUGAGAAGGAGCAGCAGCAGCAUCAGCAGCAGCAUCAUCAGGAUGAGAAGAAGGAGGAGCAUACAAGCUCCUUCACCAACCCCACCAGCAGCACCAUGAACAGCGCUCACCGCGACCUACAGGGCUCGUGCGGCAGGAGAGGCACCACCGAGGAGGUGAGUGGGAUGAGACCGAGCCGGUUCAUCGGCCGAAGAGAGCGCAAAGCCAUGAAGGUGCUUCCCAUCGUCAUCGGCGCAUUCCUCGUGUGCUGGACCCCGUUCUUCGUCGUGCACGUGUCCCACGCUGUGUGUCCCGCCUGCCGGACCCCUGCGCUGGCCAGCGGGCCCUGCACGUGGCUGGGCUACGUGAACAGCGCCCUCAACCCCCUCAUCUACGCCGCCUUCAACCCGGACUUCAGGCGCGCACUCCGCAGACGCUGCCCUUGCCGGAGCUCGCCGCGUCGCCGCCGUUGUUGA